AGGGGGUUACCCAAACACCCCACCGCCACAUGUAAGACAUGCGUGUGUGUGGGGUGGUGCCGUGUUGUGCACCACCCGUUGUUAUCAGUGAGCAGCAGUAAGUAGGCGCUCAAUGCGUGCUUUCGGUACACUUGUCUCAGUUUGGCUCUUUCUUGGUUCGAUGGGCACCCUCUCAACCGCCUCGCUGCGUUCUCAAGGACGCGCUCGUACGGUCGAGAACACGAUGCCAAGAGACGCGGCACCUUGUUGUUAGUUUGUUAAGCAGUACGAUGCAACGAAACGGAUCCCAUUAAUACAUGCAUACACGCGUACGUUGUGUUGUCGUCGUCGUCGUCGUCGUCGUCGUCAUCGCCGUCGAUCUUCAUCCGCGGAACCAUAUCCAAGUGGAAUCCGUUCCGAUUCAAUCCAAGAGCCCGCCAUGGUCGUCAGUCCACUACAAGAGGCGUUUGAAGGAAGUCGAGGUACAACCACACUGGCACAGCCAACGAGUUUUGCUUCUGUACAGCCUAGAAGUGUUUCGUUUCUCGUGUGAAGCUGUGAAAUGUGUGCUUCAAUCUCAUCGCUGGCAGUGGAAUAAUUUCUCUGUGAAAUCGUAGUAACCGGUGGAGCGACCGAAGUGGCAAUUAAAAAUCGUAAUUAGAAGGCUACGAGCGCGUGACACAGGCGCAAGGAAGAUACCUGUUGCUACUUCGUGCUUGCCAUAACACUGACCAAUUCCUCGUGUCGCCCGUGCCGGGCUGGCCUGCCAAGCGUGAUUUGUAUUAUCGGAAGCUAAUCGGAAAUAGGAAGCGACGAUGGCCGGUGCAAAGUACAGUGUCACGUUCGUUCGACACGGUGAGAGCGAGUGGAACAAGAUGAAUCUCUUCUGCGGUUGGCACGAUGUUGGGCUCAGUGAAGAAGGAGAAUGGGAUGCUCUGGAAGUAUCGGCUGCGGCACUCAAGCGCGAAAACAUGCACUACGACAUCGCCUUCACGUCCUGUCUGCGUCGGGCCAACCAAACGCUCGAGAUCAUCCUGAAGGAACUGAACCAAACGAACAUUCCGGUGCGUCAGUUGUGGCGGCUGAAUGAGCGACACUACGGUGCUCUCACCGGAUUCAACAAGCGCCAAAUGGCGGACAUCUACGGCGAGGAGCAGGUGCAGAUUUGGCGCCGCAGCUUCAACAUUCCGCCUCCUGCCAUCGAACCGUCCAAUCCGUACUAUCACGCGAUCAAAAAUAAUCCUCGGUUGCGGCACAUUAAUGAGCAGGACUUUCCGACCACCGAAACCCUCGAGACAACGAUGGAAAGGGUUGUGCCUGAGUGGAGCGAUUCGAUCAUACCGGAGGUGCGGGCCGGUAAACGCGUACUAGUCGUCGCGCAUGGUACAAGUCUGCGGGGGUUGGUGAAGCACAUUCAAGAUAUUUCAGACGCGGACAUCAUGAAAUUCAACCUACCGAACAGUAUUCCCUUCAUCAUCGAUUUCGAUGCUUCGAUGAAGAUGGUGGGCAACAUUCGGUUUCUCGCCAACGACGACACGGUCCUGAAGGCGAUGGAGAAGGUGGCCUCAAUUGGCAAAUAGGGACGACCAGGUGCCGGCACCACCAUCCCUUAGCGAUCCAGUGCAAAGCUCUACCUCACAAGCCAUCCGCGUUGCAGCGGCGAAACGAACACGGAAAUGGGCACGGGAACGGUAUGAAAACGGACGGAAGUUGAUUCCAGUAUCCUCUCCGGUGCAAGAUUACUGGGCAUGAUUUAUGUUUAUUAAAACCCUGCUCUUGAUCGAGGUGCGUUACAACGAAAGUGCCGCCUCAUGCUUACCGUGUAGCUUCCGUGUGCGUAUCGGUCAGGUUUUAGUGGUAGUUUUUUCGCUUUUCAAAAUUCCUGUAUUUUCCCUUUUUGGUGUAUUUAUUAUACGAUUGUCGAUUUUUUUAAUUUGUUAUGCGUACGCAGCGUAAGCAAGAGAAAGUGUGCGAGAUCAGGCGGCAGGAGAGUUUUUUAGGAUUUUAACUCUAGCGGUAAACUCUAGUUGUGUAGGGUUUUGUAAGCAUUAAUGCAUGUGUGUGUGCGGCAAAUAAAAUAAAAUACUACUGUUUUAUUGAACACAUAUUCCCGCCAGCGCCAGCGGAGCGUGGUAUAAGUGGCUUUAUUUUCGUUUAUAUUCGACAUUUUUGAAGAAAGGUCCACUCAGCUAGUCACAAAGCGUGGUGAGGGGUUACUGUUUUUAAAGUGUAAAGAUAGCGUUAUCGAUCGUUUGAACCGCAACCAUACAACAAAUUGAUUAACGCUGCACCAUAAGCCUUAUCAGUUCGACAAACACUCACUCGCUUCCUAAUUGCCUUAUCUUCGUUUACAUUACCAGUCCAGUAGCCGUCUGGAGUACAGGUUUUAAAAGCUCUCGCAUUGCAUAAUCUUCUGGCUGGCUACAAAAGAGUCUCCCUUCCCGCGUGUGUAAUAUAUGUCAUGUCGUGUUAAAAC